UGUUGCUUUGGCCAUUUCAUUUGAAGUCCAACUUCGUCCUGUCCGCUGAGGCAUGAAAUUUCUCACAAUUUUGGAAGAAUGAAAUGCAGCUCCUAAAUUCGAAUUAAUUCUCUGUCACUUCCAGAGAGAUUAGUAUUCUGGGUAUCUGCCGAAGAGGAAAAAGAUGAGGAAGCUGAGAUGGGCAAUGGACGCUGCAGGGUUUUGGGACUUGGAUUUAUCGACGCCGGUGACCCUCGACGGUCAGGCACGGCCGGUUCCCGGAGACCCGCUUCCCUUGGGAGCUUCUCGGAGUCCUCGGCUUUCCAUGCCCGGACAAGUCGAUUUCUUUCAGCGCUUCAUGGCCGCUCCCUUUGUCCCUUCAUUGGUCGCCGGCCGCGGCUUCUUGCUUCAGCGGGCGCUUUCUCUUAACCUCCGUGAAAAUUGGUUUACAACACUGCUUGGUCAGCUAAAUGUGCAGAAACUUAUCUCUUCUAUUAGAAACAAAGAAUCUGUACACCCAUCAGAAUCCUCGUGGCAUCAAACUGUUAGGAGACACCUUUCUGACAAAUCCCUUUAUGCCCUUAAUCUUUGUUCAGAGCUUUUGCUAACACCAGAGGAUAUUUUACUUGUUAGCUUAGAAGCGCAUGGUGAUGUUAAGACUGCUCGGAAGAAAGCAGUUCUUCACCACAAGUUUCCACAGCAUGAUCUUACUGUUGAGGCGGCUUUGCCUGGACUGUACAUUGAUCAGCUUGGAAAUUAUUGGGACGUACCGUUUGCUCUUGCCUUUGAUCUUGCGUCAGUUGCUUCUGAGUCUGGUAUAAGUUAUCAUCUAUUAGUCAACCACAAUACGGGUUCGCCUAAACAGUGUCAAGGCCAGCAGCCUGCCAAAGAAAUACCCCCUUCUUUACUUCCGGGUUUAUGUGCCAAAGGUGCGGUUUCCUUGACGAAAAGUGUUGACCUCUGGAGAAGUGAAGCGCCUCUGUUGAAAAUGGUGCAACCGUAUGAUAUAUUGUUGUCCAGCCCUCACAUUUCUGCCUCGGGCACACUUGGCUCUGUUGUAUCUGCAUAUCUAGGAGAGAAUUCAAUUAGAUCACAAAGUGAGGAUGGGUUACCAGCUUUCAAAAACUUUUCACUUCGAGCCCAAGGAGCAAAUGCUGCUCUUUCAGCGGAUCUAUUUGCAUCCUUCUCCCUGACUGCACAGCAUGGAAAUUUCCAAAAGCCCUAUCUGGAUUUAACUCGGUUACAUGCACGCCUUCUUAUCCCAUCUGGGUCAAAUUUUAUUUCUGGUGCGGUUUCUGUGGCACGUGAUCUUUACAAGUCUCAAAUACCAAUUACUGAAGCAAUCCAAGCAGUUUGUCCCAAUGUCAUGCUUUCAUUUCAGCAGCAGAUUGCCGGGCCUUUCAGCUUAAGAGUUGAUUCAGAAAUAGCAAUCGAUUUCAAGGACUUUCGUCCUAGAGUAAAGAAUCCUGUAUUCGCACUCGAACACUCCUUGCCAGUUCUUGGCUCUGCCAAGGCUGUCGCUUGGUAUUCACCAAAUCAACAAGAGUUCAUGGUAGAGCUUCGGUUUUUUGAGAGUUGAGAUUGCUUGGUCAAGAAAGAGCAACAAAUGGAGCAUCUAGUUUACUUAAUUUCUUCAUGUCAGUGCAGCUACCUGCCUAUUCUUUUAGUGCAUCUUCAAGAAUUGUAAUUUUCAGAAUGACACUCUUUUCCCAUUCACUUUAUUAUGGAGUGUUUUUUCUCACAUCUGUAUUGAAUUUACAUUCUCUUUAUGUAAAUGGGUCAUUCAACAUUUCAACA